AUGAGUCAGUUAUUUGUAGAUGAAGACGAAGAAGAGAGGUAUAAACCAUCUACAACAACCAUCAAAGAGGAGAAAGAGGAUGAAGACAUGAUGCGUCCUGAAGAGCAGAGACAAGAAGGUGUUGCGAAAACUUCAUUAUCAGCUACUGCAUCUGAAAGUAUACCAAAGCAAUCACUGCAAGCAAAACAUGACAAUAGCCGAAACCAUGAUGACGAGAAUAAUGAGUUUCAACAACAACUACAACAACAACAACAACAACAACAACAACAACAAGCAGACCAAGAAGCAGAUCAGGGAGAAGAGGAUGAUGAUCCAAUUAUUGAGUCUAUACCUUUAGUCAUGAACCAAGUGCCACAGAAAACUCUACAAUCAGUACAUCUCCUACAAUUCCCAGGACGACCCAAAACAAGAUCAUUGGUUAGAGAAGACUUGGUGCGAGCGUCAAUCAAACCGGAAUCCCAGUACCUUGACCUUAAAGUUCCACUAGACCCAACCAAGUUCUUUGACUUGAAAAAAGUCGAGGAUUGGGGUGAGAGCAUCGAAUUCCAUUCACUUUCUGGAGUAUUGGAUCCUACCGAAUCUGGACUUUAUGCAGGAAGAAUUAUCAAUGAUGCAAGUACUGGUACUAGAAAGAUUGUGUUAAUUCCAGUAGAUUCAACAGUUCAACUUCGUACGAGUUUCAAAUACAUUGAUGAUUUGGAUAAGCGAGACUUGCAAACCAAGCGAGCUCAGCAUCAACAAGAAAGUGGCGAGCAAAAGAGUUUCCAAAUCUUGCAGUCUGCAGCUAAACACUCAGCACUGAACCAAGAUUCACAUAGUCAUAUAUUGGGUGAUGCUGUUAAAUCUGAAAAGCAAUUGGAGGACGAAGAAUGGCAGCAUUUAACAUGGAAAUCAAUUAAGGAAGCUGAGUUAGAAACACUCAGACAGAGAUUGAGAGAUGAUGCAGAUGGGAUUAUGUUAACUACAGUUACUUCAAAAGAAGAAUUUAUAGAUCAAUCUAUUCAAUAG